AUGGCCUCGGCUCCCAUCAGGCAGCCACGCGGGCCCCCUUCCUCGCCAGGCGCCUACCCCGGCGCCCCCGCAACCACUGCUUCCCAGUCGUCCACCGGAGUCGGCGCUGGCUACGCGUCCGCCGGCCCACCCAUGGCCGACUCGGAGAGCCUUCUGCGCCGCAACAAGACGGUGGCGACAGCGGCGCGUGCCGCCCAGACCGCAAACCGCUCCGCAGACAGCGCCAGCGCUUCCGCAGCCUCACCGGCUGCUGACGCAGCCGCAUACCGCCGCAGCCUGGGACCGACGACACUCGAGGCUUACCAGCGCCAGCUUCGCUCAGGGUCGUUCUCCGGCAUGGCACCCAGCCCCCAGCUCGCGGCAGUCGGGAGCUCAGCCGAUGGCGGCCUUGUUCGCCAUACAAGCGUUCGUGGCGACUUUGCAUCGCGCGGCGGCCAGACCACCGAGGAGACACUGAUCGAGGACGAGCCUCUCGACCAAGUCCCCUCCACUGAGCCCAGCAACUGGUACAAAGGGUUGUCGCGGCAGAGCUCGCUGCCGUCCCGCAGACUCAACGGGGUCAACCCAGGCCUGUUCACACCGGCCGAGCCCCGAGACCAAGGGCCACAACCUAGCAACUCUAGCUCAAUGCCACCCCCACCGCCUCGUCCGCCUCGUCGUGUCUACCAGCCGGCUGACCAGGCCAAUUCCCCUCCCCCCACUGCGGCGUCGACGCAAUCCACUCAUUCCCGCUCUUCAUCAUCGCACGCUCCGUCGCAUUCGCUAGGAUCUCUCAGCAUGCUGGCCAACCCCCACUAUGAGCCGUCGGCGACGUCGUCGGUCCCUUCGACGCCAGGAAGCGCUGGACAUGGCAGCUACAACGAGGCAGCCGCGGCCGCUGCAGCGCUCCCAGCUGGCGUGUCACGCACGCAGUCUCUUCGCGCGCACAUGCACCACAACCCUCAGACGAUGGUGGAAAUGGGGACUCUUGGCCGCAGUGCUUCGAUGCGCACUCCAGGCGAGCUGUCGUACUCGCGCCACCACCAGUCUCCUCCUCCCCCACCACCACCUUUCAGUCUAGCUACGCCUCCUCGCAACAAGGGCCACCUCCCCCAUUACGCUCCCAGCGAUGACGGCGAUGUCCCGGGCGCCGACCUGCAGCGUCACCACUCGCUCGGCCGCUCGCAGGCGCUCUUAUCGCUGGAUCAGCGCGAAGAUCUCCGUCGCCGCCUGGCCACGUCACCCGGCGCUGCUUCCGCGACAUCGGCCGGCACCCCCAACGAAGGCGCUGCUGGACACUCGCGCCAUCUUUCCGAGAUAGACCAGUCGGGUCUUGGGCGCAACCUGUGGACGCCUGGUGUGCCUAUGCCCGGCGAUGACGGAUGGUCGUCGAGUGCGAAUACGGCUCAGCAGCUCCAGGACGCCCUUGACGCCCUGUCUAUUCGCGAUGGCGGCCAGAUGCACCGCCCGGCACCGCCGACGAUGGGCGAGGAACCGUCGUGGGUGACCAACCUGGUCGGCAUGCCUGGUCAGCCGUCGCAGGCAUCGCAAGUGCGUCCGCUGGGCUGGGACGACCGCAACUCGCCAUAUGGCGGUCUCAGCCAGUGGGGUGGUGGGCCGUCGCUCCAGCCCCCGCCUCUCCUCUACCAGCAGCAACAACAGCUCUACGCACAGACCCAGGCGCAGCUCAAGCUCCAGGCUGCUGGCAUCGGCGGCGGGCUGCCUCUCCACGGCCUUCCUCCCAUGCAUUUCCAGCAGGGCUACAUGGGUGGCAACUACCUCGGCGCGCCGUUCAACACCGGCUACGGGACGCAGCCUGGUCCCAUGCCCAGUGGCGGUGGCCUCCCUAGUGGCCCUGGUAUGCCUGGCGGCCCGCACAUGAGCGCGCAUGAUGUUGACGUGAUGGAGCUGGCGCGCAGCAAGGGCCUUAACCCGGCCACGUUCGACUGCCGCCCACCCUACGCACGCUUCUUUGUCAUCAAGAGCUACACCGAGGACGAUGUGCAAAAGUCGCUCAAGCACGAGGUGUGGUCGAGCACCGUGCUAGGCAACAAGCGUCUCGACAACGCGUGGCGCGAGAGCCACGACAAGGGACCUAUCUAUCUGUUCUUCUCCGUCAACUCGAGCCGCAAUUUCUGCGGCGUCGCCGAGAUGAUCUCAGGUGUCGACGAGUCAAAGACAUCAGACAUCUGGGCCACUGACAAGUGGAAGGGUCUCAUGAGCGUCCGCUGGCGGUUCGUUCGCGAUGUGCCCACAAGCGCACUCCGGCACCUGCGCCUUACCAACACUCCCGACCGCAAGCCGAUCACCACGUCGCGGGACACUCAGGAACUGCCCUACGACAUCGGCUGUGAGGUCCUCCAGAUCUUCCUUGACCACCAGCAUAAAUCGAAGACGAGCCUUCUGCAGGACUUUGCAUAUUACGAGCGCCUGUCGGCGACACGUUCGACUGGCAGCGCGACACCGACGCAGGGACCGGGGGGUCCUGGAGGUCCUGGCGGCCCAGGCGUCCAUCAUGGACAUGGCGCGAUGCACGGCGGCCCUGGUGGCUAUGCUAGUCCGCACAUGAGAUAG